GCACUGUUUCCAAUAACUCUAAGACUGUGUACGGACCAGCGUCGAUGCUGGGCUUCAGCGGAAACUGACAGUCGCGCGCGCGACAGAGUUAACGUAGCUGCCUGCCGUAGCAUUUCACGCUAUGACUGCACGAAGGACCUGAUACGGCGCAUGACGCUAGGGCAGCGUGAAGCAGUCGAGGCCUCAGGCCGAUACCGCUUGCGCGAACCAUUGAGCUCCUUUACAGCUUCUGCAGCCGCGGCGCUCCUCGCCUUGGUCACCUGGAGCUUGCUCGUUCACUGCAAGGCUCAUUCUUGGACUGGGCAUGGCGCCCGGAGUACAUGGGCAACCAAAGCUGACGGGAAACAUCUGCAGCGGAGUUCGCCCGCGUGCGGCACUGUGAAAUGUGCUCAAACAACAUGGCGCGAAGCGGCCGACUACAGUGGCAUGAGUAAUUGCUGCGAUGCCUCCCGGCUGGCAGCAGCGGAGGUAGCCGGGCGAAGGGCCAACAAGGGGCAUCUGGCGGACUCGGGCAUCUCAGGCCACCCGCACGCUCAGCCGCGGCUACCCACUGGGUCAUUAGCGACGGCGGUGGCUUUCGCCCAGGGUCCCACGUCGGCUUCGACUGUGGCGCCAAUUGCCGUGGCUGCGGCCGUGGCUGCGGUGGCAGCCAUGUGGGUCGGGGGCGCUCUCGCGUUGAGGCGCCUCAGCUCUGUGUGGAGACCGAGCAGGCGGCCGAGAAGGCGAACAGCACCUGAUUCGUCAAGCAGGCACGGCAUGGCACAGCCAGAAACCUACGGCGCCACUACCUGCGCAAUGGCAGCCAGGCGGCGCCCUGCACCUCCGCGGCGGUGGUGCGGUAGCACGUGCGCCACCCACACCUGCAGUACCGGUACGCUUGAAGCAAACGCGCGUGCGCCUGCCGUGCGGUGCGGGGAUAGCGGGGAGCGUGCAGGUCGCGGAGCUCCCGCAGCCGACGCAGCUGCGAGGCAUGGCUGUAGCUCCACAGCCUCAUACCAGAGGGGCUGGGCGGCGGUGGGGAAGGAUGCGAGCGCAAGCAGCCGCGUCGGCGGCUGCCGCCGUGAUGUUCGCGGCGUUGGGGAGGGGCGGAGCAAUGGGGCCAACGGGCGUUCGGGCAGCAGAGGUCAUGCCGGCAGCAGCGGCGUCAGCGUCGGCGUCGGUGUCAGUGGUGGACGGAGGCUGGGAGCGCGGCGGGCGGCGUCAGCGUCGGCGGUGUUGCUUUUGCAGCUGUCGCUGCUGCCCCUGCUGGUCACGUCGCAGGUGGUAAACAUCGCAACCGUGUCGAUGUCGCCGACGGACAAAACCACAUCGGCCGCCACACUCACCAACGACGGCUAUUACGUCAUUGCUGCGGGCGCGGCGCCGCAAGCCGUGUUCGCUGUGUCAAGCAGCGGUGCCUCGUCGCAGUUCAACGUGGUCAUCUGGUACCGCUACCCAGCCACCAACGGCAACGGUCCGCUCAAAAAGAGCGGUAGCUCCCUGGCAAUCUGCCCAAGUGGAGACACCUCCAACCCAAUCGUCACAGGUGGUAACACGCAAGCCAUUAAGCUGACCGCCACCAACGAGACGGAUGUUUAUGAUUCUACCAACGCUGGUAUUGCCACGGGCUGCUACGUCGUGCGCGUGGGGCUGGUGACGCCAGGGACGAUGAACUUUGUUGGGAGUCCUGCGCAUGCCGGCAUGCGCGUCGGCAACCCGCCCAACAUUGCCAAGUGCUCUGACGUCGUGAACAUCCCGCCCAACUGCGACUCGACGCUGUUCACGUACAACCCCACGGGCAUUCCGGGCGGCACGGCGGUCGUGUCCCAGCCCACCACGGGCUCCACCUGCGCCAACAUGACGAUCAGCGUGCCCGCUAACGGCUGCACUGACCCCGAGGGCAGCGUCAUGACGUACCGCUGGGAUGUGUACAAGUCGGGCACGACGACGCCCAUUCAGUCCACGGUGUACGGCCAGUCUGUCAGCUUCUCGACGGGCCUGCCCGGACUGGAUAUCCCAGCCGGCACUUGGACGAUGGUUCUCACCGUGUCGGACUCGCCCAUCAAUGCGUCGCUCACACUGGCCAAGGUCAUUAGCUUCUCCAAUAUUGUGGUACAGCAGUGCAACAUCAACUACGCACCCACGACCCCCGUGCUCACCGCCACCGCCACCUGCGGCGCCAGCAGCAUCGGCGUCACCGCCUCCUCCACUGACGCGAACGGCCACGCACUGAGCUACCAGUUCGUGCUGACCAACAGCCUCGGCGCUACCGUGUCCACGCAGGCCUGGAGCACCAGUAGCACCGCCACGUACUCGUCACCUACCUUGGUGGCGGGCACGUACACCGUGCAGGCCCAGGCACGCGACAACGCGACCAGCCCACUGACGUCGUCCACCUCCACCCUCACCUUCAAUCUGGGGGUCGCCUGCACUCCUCCGCCUCUUGCCUCACCGCCACCACGACCUCCCAGCCCCUCUCCCCCCAACCCCUCGCCUCCGUCCCCUCAGCCCCCUUCACCCGCCCCUCCAAGCCCACAGCCACCCAGCCCUGCACCGCCUUCACCGCCGCCGCCCUCCCCGGGGCCGCCUUCCCCGGCGCCUCCAAGCCCGCAGCCACCCUCGCCGGCUCCGCCAAGCCCGCAGCCACCGUCACCCCCACCUCCCAGCCCGCGGCCGCCGUCGCCGGCCCCUCCCAGCCCGCUUCCGCCCAGCCCGCGGCCGCCAUCGCCUCCCCCACCAAGCCCCGUGCCUCCAAGCCCUGCGCCACCUUCGCCGCCGCCGCCGAGCCCAGACCCACCAAGCCCAGCACCACCCAGCCCACCUCCGCCAAGCCCAGGCCCGCCGAGCCCGGCCCCUCCCAGCCCGGCGCCUCCCAGCCCCGCCCCGCCAUCGUCGCCCCCACCAAGCCCGCCUCCUUCUCCGGCCCCGCCCAGCCCUAGCCCGCCGCCUUCACCCGCACCGCCCAGCCCCGCCCCUCCUUCACCUGUGCCGCCGAGCCCGCCUCCGCCCAGCCCACCGCCCAGUCCACAACCGCCUUUCGGGGCGCCCCUGACACCGCCUCGUCCGCCAUCGCCGGCUCCCUCGCCCCCGCCCCCUAGCCCAGAGCCUCCCAGUCCUGCGCCACCCAGUCCCGCCCCGCCCAGCCCGCCGCCUUCGCCCACACUCCCCAGCCCGCCGCCACCUAGCCCAGAGCCGCCGGCUCCUUCUCCGCCCCUCCCACCUCCAAGCCCGCAACCACACAGUCCAGAGCCACCAUCGCCAAUCCCACCCAGCCCGCCGCCACCCAGCCCACCACCGUCGCCCCAUCCGCCAAGCCCUGAGCCCCCAAGCCCUGCACCCCCGUCGCCGCCACCGCCCAGCCCGCCUCCCAGCCCGCUGCCCCCCAGCCCGCGCCCUCCUAGCCCCCCGCCUUCCCCAGUGCCCCCUUCACCUCCGUCGCCCGGGCCUCCUCCCUUCGGAACCCCUUCAGCCCCGUUCCCUCCUCCGUCGCCCGAGCCGCCCAGCCCCGAGCCGCCGAGCCCCUCUCCGCCCUCUCCGCCCCCGCCCUCACCGGGACCUCCUAGUCCAGAGCCUCCCUCACCCGAGCCACCUUCCCUUCCGCCGUCACCGGCCCCCCUGAAUCCGCCGUCUCCAAGGCCGUACAGUCCACCCCCGCGGCCCCCGCGGCCGCCCCCACCCCAACAAUCACCCCCCGAUCUCCCCCCGCCCGUGCCUCCUAGUCCAGAGCCGCCCUCCCCACCGCCCAGCCCGACUCCACCCAGCCCCGAGCCACCGUCGCCAGUCCCACCCAGCCCGCCGCCACCCAGCCCAGCGCCGCCUUCCCCGCACCCGCCCAGCCCACCACCAUCGCCCCCUCCGCCAAGCCCGGAGCCCCCAAGCCCUGCACCCCCGUCGUCGCCGCCGCCAAGCCCACCUCCCAGCCCGCUGCCGCCGAGCCCUGCUCCCCCAACCCCGCCGCCCUCGCCGUCUCCGGAGCCACCGUCACCCGCACCUCCCUUGCGACCUGCCACGUGGCCCGCGGACCCGCCCGCACCCUCACCCCCUCCACCCGGGCCGCCGUCACCAGCACCUCCGGCACCCCCUUCACCUGACCCACCAGGACCACCGUCCCCUGCGCCCCCUGCCCCGCCUUCACCCAUACCGCCCAGCCCCGCGCCCCCAAGCCCCGCGCCACCGUCGCCACAUCCGCCCUCCCCGGCACCGCCGCUGCCUCCCAGCCCUGCGCCGCCGUCGCCACUCCCUCCCUCCCCUCUCCCUCCCUCGCCGCCGCCACCUUCCCCUCCCCCGCCCUCCCCUCUCCCUCCCUCUCCUCUCCCUCCCUCGCCGCGGCCGCCUCCUUCCCCGCCCUUCCCUGCCGGUGCCACUGUCCUCAACAUCUCUGACACCUCUACCUCGGGCGUUCUGAUUGACCCGCCUCCCACUCUCGACCUCAUCGCAAUUGAUGUCUCCGACAACCCCAUCACGGGCACGCUCCCCACGUCCUGGAGCCAGCUGUCGGCGCUUCAGGCACUGGACGUCUCAUUUACCUUUGUGAACGGGACCAUUCCGGUCGCGUACUCGGCCCUGACGGCACUCUCGCUGCUCGCGGCCUCCAACACCAGCGUCAGCGGCACGCUGCCGGCGCUGCUGUCCGCACUCUCCAACCUGGCCAUCCUCAACGUCAGCUCCUCCCUCAUCAGCGGCACCAUCCCGCCCUCCCUCGCCGCCAUCACCGCAUUGGUCGUGAUCGACACCUCCAACACCUCCAUUGCUGCCACCCUGCCCCCCGGCCUGUCCACCCUCACACGGCUUCAGGCCCUGGACGUGUCCUCCACCCUCGUCAACGGCACCCUGCCCAGCGUCUACUCCGCCCUGACCGCACUGACGCUGCUUGCGGCCUCCAACACCUCCCUGACCGCCUCCAUUCCACCAGAGCUCCUGGCCUCGCUCACAAGCCUCCAGAUCUUGGACCUGUCCAGCACCCACAUCAACGGCUCCAUCCCGCAAACCGCCAGCGCACUCACCGCCCUGACCUACCUCGAUGUGGCCAACACCUCCACAUCAGGCAGCCUGCCGGCGGCGCUGAGCUCGCUAUCGGCACUGGCGGUGCUCGACGUCUCCUCCACCAACAUCGGUGGCACCAUCCCUGACCAGUACAGCGCGCUCACAGCUCUGCAGGUGCUGAACGUCAGCUUCACCAACGUCUCAGGAAGCCUGCCAAUCUCCACAUCGGCCCUGACAUCGCUAACCCUGCUCGACGUGUCCAGCACACACGCUACCGGGACGUUACCCGGUGCCCUGAGCACUCUCACGAACCUGGCCAUACUAGAUGUGUCCAACACAGACAUCAGCUCCUCCAUCCCGGCGAAGUACAGCGCGCUGACGGCGCUGCAGACGUUCUCGGCCGACGGCUCCCAGCUUUCGGGCAGCUUGCCGAUGGCGCUCAGCACGCUGAGCCGGCUGCAGGAGCUGUCCAUUGACGGCACAAACAUCAGCUCCUCCAUCCCGGCGCAGUACAGCGCGCUGACGGCGCUGCAGACGUUCUCGGCCGACGGCUCCCAGCUUUCGGGCAGCUUGCCGGCGGCGCUCAGCACGCUGAGCCGGCUGCAGGAGCUGUCCAUUGAUGGCACCAACAUCAGCUCCUCCAUCCCGGCGCAGUUCAGCGCGCUGACGGCGCUGCAGACGUUCUCGGCCGACGGCUCCCAGCUUUCGGGCAGCUUGCCGGCGGCGCUCAGCACGCUGAGCCGGCUGCAGGAGCUGUCCAUUGAUGGCACCAACAUCAGCUCCUCCAUCCCGGCGGAAUUCAGCGCGCUGACGGCGCUGCAGACGUUCUCGGCCGACGGCUCCCAGCUUUCGGGCAGCUUGCCGGCGGCACUCAGCACGCUGAGCCGGCUGCAGGAGCUGUCCAUUGACGGCACCAACAUCAGCGCGUCCAUCCCGGUGCAGCUCAGCGCGCUGACGGCGCUGCAGACGUUCUCGGCCGACGGCUCCCAGCUUUCGGGCAGCUUGCCGGCGGCGCUCAGCACGCUGAGCCGGCUGCAGGAGCUGUCCAUUGAUGGCACCAAGAUCAGCUCCUCCAUCCCGGCAGAAUUCAGCACGCUGACGGCGCUGCAGACGUUCUCGGCCGACGGCUCCCAGCUUUCGGGCAGCUUGCCGGCGGCGCUCAGCACGCUGAGCCGGCUGCAGGAGCUGUCCAUUGACGGCACCAACAUCAGCUCCUCCAUCCCGGCGGAAUUCAGCGCGCUGACGGCGCUCCAGACGUUCUCGGCGGACGGCUCCCAGCUUUCGGGCAGCUUGCCGGCGGCGCUCAGCACGCUGAGCCGGCUGCAGGUAUUUGACGUGUCGGGUACGGCAAUCAGCUCCAGCCUGCCAGAGCAAUGGAGCACGCUUGCCGCACUUCAGAUAUUCGACGGGUCUGGCACUGGUCUGACGGGCCCGAUCCCGGCAUCGUGGAGCGCGCUGUCCUCCUUGUCGCAUUUGGAUCUAAGCAGCACGGGUGUUAGUGGUAGGCUGCCGUCGGUCCUGCCACCGGCGCUGGUGUCGCUCGACAUCAGCGAUGCAACGCUGACAGGCCCCCUGACUGCCACCAACUGGACCGGGCUGGCGGCGCUCACCCAACUGGACCUGUCAGGCAACGCCGGCAUCAACGGCUCGCUACCAGCGCUGCCGCCUUCCAUCAGGAGCCUGGACCUGUCCGGCUGCGGCGUCAGCGGCACGGUCCCGGCCUCGUGGAGCGCCCUGGCUGCGCUCACCUCCCUCUCAGCCAGCAGCAGCGGCCUGUCGGGCCCGAUGCCCGCACAGCUGCCGGCCUCUCUGCAGCGCCUGGCCAUAGCCAACAGCUCCCUGUCCGGCCCCCUCGCGGCCUCCUCCCUGACGUUGCUGGCCUCACUCACGUUCCUGGACCUAAGCUACAAUUCCCUGACCGGCCCGCUGCCCGACCUCGGCUCCAUGACUAAUCUGGUCGCAGUCAACCUGUCCGGCAACGCCUUCGCCGGACCGCUGCCCGCUUCAUGGAGCUCGCUCACUCGGCUCACGGCCCUGUCGCUCGGUGGCAAUGCCCUGUCGGGGCCGCUGCCCGCGUCUUGGCCCACGUCACUCGUGGCGCUGGCAAGCUUGAACCUCACCGGAAACAGCCCUGGCGUGUGCAAGGGGGUCGGCUAUGCCGGCGGCUUCAGCAGCGGCGCCAGCGUCAGCGGGCUUCUGGACGUGUGCCUGUACCCGGCACCGCCCAGUCCUGCCCCACCCAGCCCACGGCAGCCCAGUCCGGCGCCUCCGAUUCCGGCGCCGCCUAGCCCAGCACCACCAAUCCCGUUGCCUCCGAGCCCGCGGCCUCCCAGCCCCCCACCGCCCAGCCCAUGGCCUCCCAGCCCGCUGCCGCCCAGCCCGGCCCCUCCCAGUCCCCCUCCUAUCCCAGUGCCACCAAGCCCCACGCCUCCGAGUCCGCCGCCCUCCCCGGCACCGCCUGCACCCCGGCCGCCCAGCCCAGUGCCGCCCAGCCCGGCGCCGCCGUCCCCGCCUUCGCCGCGGCCGCCCAGCCCAAUGCCUCCUUCGCCUGCCCCUCUAUCACCAACGCCGCCCAGUCCGGCGCCCUCCCCUCAGCCCCCCAGCCCAGCGCCCCCGGCCCCGUCCCCUCCACCUUCUCCACCCUCCCCUCCGCCGUCUCCAUCCCCACCCCCACCAUCACCCUCCCCUCCGCCCUCACCUCCGCCGCUGCCUCCCUCCCCCCCGCCCGCGCCCUCCCCUCCCAAUCCACCUGCACAUUCUCCACCGUUCCCGCCCAGCCCGCGGCCCUCGCCGCUGCCCCCCUCGCCGCCCUCGCCGCCGUUCCCACCCAUCGUCAUUCCCAACAUUGGCAUUCCUCCCGAGUACGUGGCGAGCACCGGCACCGCCACCAGCGGCUUCCUAACCGUGACCCAGGCCGUGGACGUGCCCGACAGCCUGGCCUCGGACCCGGCAGCCUUGGCCGUGCUGUUCCCCAACGCAGCCGAGAUAUCCGUUGACGCCAGAAAGGUCUCGAUGCCGGUGGAAGUGACGACGGCUGUGGAGGCUACGGCGGUCAUGAACACGGGUGCGGGCAGCAGCAUUGAGGUGACGGUGGACUGCACGCCGCCCUUCCUGGAAGCGUUCCGCGGCGAGCUCGUCCGCCGCUCGAACAUCUCCACUUCCGUGCUUGCCAACAUCACCUGCGCCGGCCUGAGUCUGGGCAGCGGCGGUAGUAGCAGCGGCGGCCAUCGCCGCAGCGUGCUGGCAACGACCGGCUCGGGUUCCAUAUUCAGCGGGCGGGAUGACUGCAGCGGCAGCAACAGCAGCAUCAGCUUGAUGGUGUUGCUGCGGGUGCCGGCCGACAGCAACAACACCAACGUCUACAAACAGCAGCUGCAGGAUGCGUUGGGGCUCUGGGAGGCGGAGUCUCAGGACCCCACAUCCAACCCCGACGGCAGCGGCAGCAUGCUGCGCCUGUGUGGCCCGCGGCCGGGGCGCAUCACGACAACCUCCGAGGUGCGUGUAGUGACAGAGGUGCCGCUGAACAACGUGGGCACACGCAGCCUCAACGACGUGUGUGGAGCCAGCGGCUUCACCAGCACCACCGCAUUCGGCGGGGCCGGCAGCAACGUCGCCUGCCAGGUGGCGGAGGUGCAGAUGCCGUCCGCGUCAAUACCGGGCCCCGCACCCGCGCCGGCGGCCGCCUCGCCAUCGUCGUCAAUCAACUGGCUGCCCAUCAUCAUCUCCGCCGCAGCCGUCGGCAGCAUGACCACGAUCAUGUGCGCCGCCGUGCUCUUCGUGCUGGUCGGCCGCCGCCGCAAACGGCGGCGCGAGGAGGAGGAAGAGCGCAAGGCGCACCGCGCCGCCGCAGGCGGCGGCGCCGCCGCCCACGGCAGCGGCGGCGGCGACGAUGACGCGCCAUGGCUCUCCGGCAACCAACUUGGGGCGGGCGGCGGCGGAGGCAGCCCGCCGCUGACUUCGGGCCUCGCAUCUCCGACGGGUGUGCGCCUGGCGGCGGCGACUGGCGGCACACUGAGCAUUGUGCCGCCGCCCGGCGCCUCAUCCCGGUCCGCCGGCGCUCCGCUGCGCCGUCCAGACCUGUCGCCCAAUGCGGAAGAUGACCUCAAGCGCAUCCUAGCCUCCGCAUUCCACCCAUCUCAAAGCGGCGCUGCGCCCGUUGCCGUCGCUGCUGCUGCCGCCGCAGCCGCCACUGGCUCCGACCGGCGCAGUGGCUCGCGCCAGCUCGACGAGAUGGACGGCAGCGGCGGCGGCGCGGGCACAGGGACGGGCACCGCCGUUGAGUUCUCUCCUAGUGCUGCCGUCAGCCGUCAGGGCAGCCGCCAGCGCAACAGCGCCGCCACCGCAGGCGGCACCGGCACCAACACCAACACCGCGACUCGACUGAGUGGCAUGGUCGGCACCGACUCCGCGCUCCUCAGCGGCGGCCGGCUGUCACCCGCGGCUAGCCACGCAGACGCGCGGUUUUCCCUGACGGGUGCGGAUGCCGCUGGCGGCGCCAUCGCGCCCGUGUUGCUGGGCAGCAGCGGCUACGGCGCCGCCGGGCUGAUGCCGCCGGGCAGCGGCGCGACGCGCUUAGUGACUGAUGUGGGUCUGGUUGGUGGCGGCCGCCCUGGCAGCGGCUUAGCCUCUCCACGCUCGGGCGCACGACUGCAAGAACGGCUGUGGGGCACAGGCAGCGCUGGUGGCAUCUCGGCGGUGGCGGUCGCUGGAGGCCCUGCCAGCGGCGGCUCGGUUAUGUACAUGAACGCCGCGUUCCGUGAGGACCCGUUGGCAGAAGACGACAUGGAGGCAGCAGGCAUGGAACCAACCGCCCCGGCCGCCACCAGCACAACCGCCGCCGCCGCUGCCUUCGGGGCGGCUGCCACCACCACCGGCAUUGGCAGCAUGCCCGCCGCGCUGGCAUCGGCGCCGCCGGCGCCACCAGGCCGCGCAACGACGGGUGGCAUGCGUGCGACGCUGGGCAAGUUCGCGGCGUCCUUCUUCAAGCGGGAGCGCCCUAGCGGCAGCGGCGCCGCCGGCGGUGCUUUGCAGUCGGCGUCGACGGCUAGCGGCAGGUCGCCAAUGUCGGAUACGAACUUGGACCUGCCAGAGGGGCACGUCAGUCCGGUUCCCGCCCACAUGCGCGACGCACAGAGCCUUGGCGGCGGCGGCGGCGGCCCAGCCUCCGCUCCGCACUCGCCGCAGCGCUUCGCCAGCCCACUGUCCCCCGGCGCGCGACUGCCUGUGCCGCCUACCGCCGCCCUGGCGGCCGCCGGCGCCGGCGGCGCCGCCGCCGUCACCACCAGCACCCGCGGCAACGCCUGGUCGCGUGCCGUCGACAGCGGUGCCGCCGCACCGGCCGACGAACUCACGCCGGUCAAGGGAGCGCGCGUGAAGUUCUCCCACGUGCCGGAGAACGAGACGGAUGCACUGCAGCGGCGGCCGUCGGGACUGGCGGCGGCUGCGGCGGCGCCGGGCGGCUCGCACUCUUUCCGCCACAUGCGCACCAUGACGCAACAGCCCGAUCAGCCCAGUGAUAGCCUGGCGAUGCACCUGGAUGAUGACGAUGAGGAUCUGCCAGCGUCCGACACGGCAGCCGCACGCGCCGCCAUCGCCGCCGCUGUCGCGGGCGGCGGAGCCGGCACCCGCGCCCUGACGCCAACGCGCCCUGCACUGGGUGGCGAGCGCAACGGCAAGUGGCUCAGCAUGCGCGCAGCGCCUGAGACCCGCCUGGCGCCGGCUGCUGGCGCCGGACCGCCGAGCGCCUCAGUCGUGGGCCGCUCGUCUGCUGCCGGGCCGCCGCCGCGCCGGGCCACCUUCAGCGGCCUGGCGGCGGCCAGCGCCGCUGCCAACGCCGAGCGCUCCGGCCUGGGCUCCGCCGGUGACGCGCCGCGGGGCAGCUCAGCGCUGCUGCUGCCUGCCAAACCCACGCCAGCCAAGCCGAUGGCAUGGGGAGGGGAUGCAGGCAGUGGCGCCGGCGGUGUGGGUGGGCCAGAGCGACUGACCCAGGCAUCGGAAGUGGCUUCGGAGCCGGGCCUACGGAGCGGGUUAGGGGCUGGUCGGGGAGGCAAGCUCCGGCCGAGCCCACUCAGCCCGCUGGGCCGGUAGUAAUGAGGUGGAGCUCCUGAGCAGUAUCAAACGUACGCCCUGAGCUGCAUGAAAAUCACGUCACACUUGAGCAUGAGUCACGAGCAUGAGUGGGCUGCCCGGUGUCACGGGUGCCGAGCAUUGAGGGUAGUGUCUGUGUCCACGAACGCAUAUGCGUACACAGACCAAUGAGCUAGAGGCCGCGCAAGCAUGACGCGUUGGCUGUGAGCGCGUCUGUGUGUGUGUGGGUGAGGGCGCGGGGAGUUGAAGCAUUGUGGGAGGGUAUCGCUUGGCUAAGCUGUAUUUAUUUAAAGGCGCCAGCGGUGCAAUGUGGGUCACCUGCGGUAGAAGCAGAGACUCGGCAGCAGCGCCGACGGCGGCUCGUGGCUCGUGACCCCAGUACAGUGGCACUCUCUACGCCAUGUAUUGAUGUCUUUCGAGGCUUGGACAGUUUCAUGAUUACUAAUAGCAGUGGUGCAGCUGAAAUGCUGAGUACGGUAUAUAAUAUGCUUUCUUGCUCAAGUGCAUGCAUGCGUGCGCGUGCCGUGUGUGUUGCUCACAUGCUGACAUGGCCAUGCUUCCGGACAAGCGGGUUGCCCUCGGGUUACGAACCAGUGCGUCACUGCUGAUGAGGGUAGAACGACCAUUACAGUGUGUCUCACGAUUGACAUGGCGUGUCGUGCAGCCCCUUUGUUGUGCGAAGGGUUGUCGAAGGGUUGGGAAUGUCGCGAGUCCAUGACUAGUUGACUACCGCAUGCGCUGAUUCAUGAACAUAUUGACCCAGGUUGCGCCGUUGGGGGCCUGCAGGGCACUGGUGGAUUUCGUAUUUUCGUCAAUCUGUGACUCUGUGAGUGUAAUGCCAGUCUGGCAAUCUUUUGUAUGGCGCAUGGACGCGGGUUUUCCGCGCGACGAUGGGACAUUGGGGGGGGGGGCGUUGGAGCCUGGAGGGUACAUGCUAGUACACUAACUCCGGGUUAUGCUGGGUAGCCCGAUACAAGGCACUCGUGUAACGGACGAUGCUC